AUGACCCAUACAUAUAACCUUCGCGCUCGACAGUCUCCUCCUCAUCCCUCUCCGCAACCAACUGCACAGACCAGGACAACUCGUAGAGCGAAAGACACCCGAAAAGAGCCUGCACCUUCGAAUUAUCAGAAGAAGGUCGCUGCUCAAAGCAAUCCCCCUCAGCUCACGCGACAAAGCAAACGAAGUCGACCCGCAGAACCCAGUGAAGAGCGUGUACGAAAGCGACGUCGGCCAAGUGUUGAACCGGCAGUCUUGGGCGCUGGUUCGCAGACGAGAUUGACAGAAGAGAAAGUCGACCUCCCUUCUCCUACGCGAAAAACAAAACGAAGUCGACUUCCCGAACCCAACGAAGAGCGCGCUCAGAAACGUCGUCGGCCGGAUGCUGUGUCUGUCAUAUUGGAUGUCGAUCCUGAAACGAAAUCACCGGAAGAGAAGAGUGGCCUGAAACGUUCCGCGGUGAAGUUGAGCCGCCUACGAAGAGAUGCGACGGAUGUUUGGAGGAUAGUAGCUCGGACGGAAGAGCUCAUAGCUCGCGCCAUCACCAGCGCCAGGGGUUUGCUCUCGGAUGUUAUCCAUCUGGGUUCUCGCGAAGAACCUUCAGUAGAGCAUAGCGUGCUCGAGGACAGAUCUGUACAACCCGAGCUGUACGUGACGCUAUUCCAUUGCACUUCCUUCGCUUACGACGCUCGACGCAGCCUGACGGAGAGACUCGAUACCAUGUCCUCGAUAGCCGAACCCCCGCCGGCUGACGCACGGAAGGUCACUGAGGGAGAAUUCAAGACCUUCAUUCAUUGGUUCAAAUACAUCCGGUCCGACAUCAGUGGCAAGACCGCGAAGGCCUUCUCGCGUGAUGACAUGCGCACCUUAUCUGCACUCUGCGACAAAUGGAGCGAGGAGAAUCCGGCUUGGCACGAUUGUCGAUGCCGCGCGAAGCAGCGGAACCCUUCCCACUUCCGGUCAUUUCCAACACCGAGACCUCGAAUAGGCGUGGAUCAGCAGGGUAUUGGCUUCCACGACUGCAGCGCUUGCAAGAACGAAGAAGUGCCACCACUGAGGAUGGGAAACGAACGACUUCUCAUGUCUGAAAUCGGGACCAUGAUCAAUCACUCCGUUGAGACUGACGUGCUUGUACUUCCGGCGCGCCUUUGUCCCCGACGACCACGGGUUUUUUCCGAACAGUACCAACCCCAAUUCCACGACAUAAAGCCGCCCAUCUAUCGCGAACUCGAAUACUGGCACCGUAAUUACGGACGGUGUCUGCAGUGUAUCAUUCGGGCGAUCCGGACGUUCCCCACCUGGAUUGUUGGGGAGAUCGAUAUCGAUGGUUACGUGGAUGGCAACCCCGUCUUCGUCAACAUUCUGGGCGACGAGCUCGUAGAGUGGGACGAGACGAGCAGGCGAUGGAGGCUUCUUGUGCGGGAUUAUUACCGCUGGGUACCUGUCCAGGAGUUGGAGACGAGGCCCAGCGAUAGCGCCGCGGAUCCCAAGGUCGUCAACGGGACGGCUAACACCGAGGUUCCGUUUGAUCCCUGGACUUGGGUGUUACUUCGGUAA